UGUCUCACAGCUGAAGACAGAGUUCCUGCCCUUACUGAGCGUCAUCUUUGUGUCAGAGAACAGCUUGGUAGCCGCAGGCCAUGACUGCUGCCCAAUGCUGUUCACCUACGAUGACCUUGGUUCACUGACUUUUGUUUCCAAACUGGACAUUCCGAAGCAGAGCACUCAGCGUAAUAUAUCUGCAAUGGAGCGUUUCCGAAAUAUGGAUAAACGAGCUACCACUGAGGAUCGCAACACUACAUUGGAGACGCUGCAUCAAAACAGCAUUACCCAAGUGUCCAUCUAUGAUGGUGACAAGAGUGACUGCCGCAAGUUCUGCACUACAGGGAUAGAUGGAGCCAUGACCAUCUGGGACUUCAAGCUUGUGUGUUCAUCUUCUCUCUUCCAGACCUUGGAGUCACUAAUCCAAGGCUUGCGCAUCAUGUGAGGGGUGAGUGGCUCUUCUAGCAGGACAAGACCAUAAACAUGAAGACCUCAUGGGACUUCAGCGCACUGACACAAAACCACAACACAGAAACCUACAGAGCCCCAAUCCAGUUGCCUCCAGCGGUGAACAUGGCCUUCUAGGGAAACUAGUGGGGCUGAAAUGCGUUAGUUACAGGGCUACUUACCUCAGCUUCAUUAUUGUUGUACCCAGAUGCUGUGUGUCCUGCUCACUAUACAAACUACACAAAUGAUGAUUUAAUCUCAUUCCCAGCAAGAUGGAGAUAGUGCAGUUUAGUUUGCAGUGAUUGUCGGGAUUGUGAAUUAACUGCCAGUUUUAUUGUAUUUCAUUACUUACCAAAGCUGCUCUAAAUAGUAUCUGUGGGGAACAUAAAUUAAACAGGACCUUUAUGUAAAUUGUCUGCUGGAAAAUAAAUAAGUUCUGAAUGUCAAA